UAUAUUUUAUACAGAUUUUUUUUUAAUGUGUUUUGACAUUGAAAUAAAGGUCUAGAUGCCGUCAAGAAACUAUUUUUGUUUCUCAGACACUCUCACAAACCCAUUAGGCGCCGAUGGCGUCAUGUUGCACGUGUGACGUCUGUGAGUGUGAUGCAUGUGGAUGUGGAGUAACUGUCCAUGGUGCUGAAACGUCGCAGCGUCGGGAUGCGCGUUCCAGAGUCUCGCAGCAUCGGUGCGCGCAUCUUCUAAUUUAUAAACUCUUAAAAAUCCAUAGAAAGGCUCAAAACAGUGUCGGAAUGCUGCCCAACGACACCUUCAAGAACCUGGAGGAUGGUUUAUAUUUGAUAAACUUCUCCAGCAACGAGACGCAUAACGGGGACUCUCACGGCAGCAGCGCGAUCUUCAUCUCCUUCAUCUAUUCCGUGGUCUGUCUGGUGGGACUCUGUGGAAACUCGAUGGUGAUUUAUGUGAUCUUCAGGUAUGCGAAGAUGAAAACUGCGACGAACAUCUACAUUUUAAACUUGGCGAUCGCGGAUGAGUUACUCAUGUUGAGUGUGCCUUUCUUAGUCACCUCUUCCUUACUUCACCACUGGCCCUUUGGCUCUCUCCUGUGUCGAUUGGUUUUAAGUGUUGAUGCUAUUAACAUGUUCACCAGCAUCUAUUGUCUGACUGUGUUGAGUAUCGAUCGCUACAUCUCCGUGGUGCAUCCCAUCAAAGCAGCCCGGUACCGGAGACCCACUAUCGCCAAAAUGGUCAACUUAGGAGUCUGGAUGUUCUCCAUCCUGGUCAUCCUACCCAUCAUCAUCUUCUCCACCACUGCACCCAACUCGGACGGAUCGGUGGCUUGCAACAUGCAGAUGCCUGAGCCCGAGCGUCAGUGGAUGGCUGUAUUUGUGAUCUACGCCUUUCUGAUGGGCUUUCUCUUCCCUGUCAUUGCCAUAUGCAUGUGCUACAUCCUUAUCAUAGUGAAGAUGCGGGUGGUCGCGUUGAAAGCGGGCUGGCAGCAGCGAAAAAAGUCCGAGAGGAAGAUCACGCUGAUGGUGAUGAUGGUGGUGACGGUGUUUGUGAUCUGCUGGAUGCCUUUUCACAUCAUGCAGCUGGUCAGCGUGUUCGUCCAGCAGCACAACGCCACCCUCAGUCAGCUGGCUGUGAUUUUGGGAUAUGCCAACAGCUGUGCCAACCCCAUCCUGUACGGGUUCCUGUCGGACAACUUCAGACGCUCCUUCCAGAGGAUUUUAUGCCUCCGGUGGUGGGAUAACGCCACGGAGGAGCCCAUAGAUUACUAUGCCACGGCUCUGAAGAGUCGAGGAUACAGUGUGGAUGACUUUCAGCCCGACAAUCUGGAGUCGGGCAGCACGUACAGGAAUGGCACCUGCACAUCUAGAACUACAACGCUGUAGGACUCGGUUUUACAGCAUAAAGACUUGUUUUGUAAUCUGUUGUCACUGCAGUAUGUGUUUUUUGUUAAAAUGUAUUGGAAGACUUCAUAAUAACUUUCGUUAAUGCCAUGGUAUGAUUAUAUAAUGCUUAAUCUAAAAUUAGUGUGCAAUUUUGCCUAUAUGAAUGUGCAUGAACUUUUUAUGCUUAUAUAAUGCCUUGAUUGGCUUAUUAAUGAAAGUUAUUAUAAAGUGUGUCGAUAUGGGUCAAAUGUGUGACGUUCCGAUUAAAAAAAAAAGAAAAGAAAUAUCCACAGCUUAAUAUUUUGUUCUUUAUUUUGAAAUGGAAUAAAACCUGGGGAAAUCAUUCACUCUCAGUGCAUUAUGUGGUAAAACUAUAUUUGUAUUUUACGAAGGAAGCUUGCAGUGCUUGCAAAGCUGGAACGAAUCAGUGUUACAGUUUCCGGUUUUUAUGUUUUUAUGUCUGUGUACAGAAAUGAAAUCAGAACCGCAUUGCCUUCCAUCUAAAUUAAGUACGUAAAUAUAUGCAAGAAAGAAGACCAAUCGCAGUGCAGUAUGCAAAUAUUACGUCACAGCAUUAGUUAGUGAAGUAUUGAGUAUUAUGAUUCUGUCAAUGUUAGUCAGUGAAGUUUUUUUUUUUUAUCUUUUAAUAUUUUAACAGUUACAUUUCUUAAAAAAAAGAAAGAGAAAAACAUAGCACAUUUAUGAGUCUGCAGUUUUUUUACAUGGAACAGGUUUUUCAAUUCUAUUUCAAGUGAAAAUAUUGUAAUAGUUAUAAAAGACGGUUCUGAAGCCUAAAUGUUAUGUGUUUGAUUGUAAACCUAAUCCUAACAGUGAAGGUGAGAUAUCAAGCCUGACCUGAAGCCUGUGAGAAACGUUUCCAUUGACUGCUGUACUUCUAUGUUUAUUCUGCUGCAGGGAAUGUGUCUAAUACAAAGCUGAUUCAUGGCUAUCCUUAGUGUAAUUUAUUUCACCCGCUAUGUGUUUAUUUAUUCACUCAUGAUUAUAAUGUAUGUAUUAUGCACUUUUUAAUUGUGAAAUAUAUAUAUAUAUAUAUA